UGUACGCUUGCGCAGUACGCGCUCUGGGAGGAAGAGCUUUCCCGGGACCAGGGUUGGCGGUGUGCACGGCGGCUGCCGGGUGACUGUGCUUUGCCUUGUGGCCCUGCUGCGGAAGUUCGCGCCCUUGGCGCUUUCCUCUUUUCCCGGAGAGGAUCACUUUCAUUGGUGUGUGAGAAGAAUCUAUAGGAGGCCAUGGACAGAAGCUGGGAGACCAGCGUGGGAUGUGGUAAUGCCUGCCAGACUUCUCAGAGCCCUGGCCAGAUCCCACAGUGUAUUAUCAAAAGUACAUCAGUGCCGAAGAUUUGUUCAUCUAACGUUAAAACCGCUCAAGGAACUUGAGGAUAAAAUAUGCAGCAACCCCCUGACGGUACACCAAAACUUGGAUUCAUUCUUUCCUGUUGCAGCAGCUGGUGGUUUGAAUGAGCCCCAGAUCCUGGAAAUGAACUGGAAAAUAUCAGAUAUAACCAAACUCUGUCCAUUAAAUACUGUAUAUUGCCAGCAUGAGAAAGCAGGUCUUCCAUCCAUGAAAUCGUAUCCUGCUCACAGGAAGGGGACCCACAAACCUAAUCUAUUGGGUUCUAAGUGGUUUAUAAAAAUAUUAAAGAGGCAUUGUUCAUCUACUUCAACUGAAACAGUUGUUCCAAAGCAAGACUUUCCACAGAUCAAGAGACCACUGAAAGCAUCCAGGACCAGGCAGCCAUCCCGGACCAACCUUCCAGUUCUGUCUGUGAGUGAGAACCUGAUGCACUGCACAGCAUUUGCCACAGCAGACGAGUACCAUCUGGGAAAUCUGUCUCAAGAGCUGGUCGCCCAUGGAUACAUUGAAGUAACAAGCUUGCCUAGAGAUGCAGCAAAUAUUUUGGUGAUGGGUGUGGAAAGUUCUGCAAAAGAAGGUGAUCCUGGAACAAUAUUCUUCUUCAGGGAAGGAGCUGCUGUGUUUUGGAAUGUGAAAGAUAAAACUAUGAAGCAUGUAAUGCAAGUUCUAGAGAAACAUGAAAUUCGGCCUUAUGAAAUUGCAUUGGUACACUGGGAAAAUGAAGAGCUUAACUACAUAAAAAUAGAAGGUCAGUCGAAACUUCACAGAGGGGAGAUCAAUCUAAAUUCGGAGCUGGAUUUAGAUGAUGCCAUUCUAGAGAAAUUUGCUUUCUCCAAUGCCCUUUGUCUUUCAGUGAAACUGGCUAUUUGGGAAGUGACACUGGAUAAAUUUAUUGAGUCUAUUCAGUCUAUUCCAGAGGCUUUAAAAGCUGGCAAGAAAGUGAAACUGUCUCAUAAAGAAGUUAUGCAGAAAAUGGGUGAACUCUUUGCCCUCAGGCACCGUAUAAACUUGAGUUCAGACUUCCUGAUCACUCCUGAUUUCUACUGGGACAGGGAAAACUUGGAGGAACUUUAUGAUAAAACUUGUCAAUUCCUUAGCAUUACUCGAAGAGUUAAGGUCAUGAAUGAAAAACUUCAGCACUGCAUGGAAUUAACAGAUCUAAUGCGGAAUCAUCUGAAUGAGAAGAGGGCACUGCGUUUGGAGUGGAUGAUCGUCAUCCUCAUCACCAUUGAGGUAAUGUUUGAGCUGGGACGAGUAUUUUUCUGAUCCUGUGAUAACCAAAGAGAGAUUCAAGAGAUAUUCAAGUUCUGCAAUCAAAAAUGACCAUUCACUACUGGGUGAUCUCUUAUUUAAUAGAUAUUUAAUUAUUUCAAUUUCUUGAUACAGUGGUCUUUUUCAGCUCUAAAUAUAUUAUUGCUUGAAUAAAAACUAGGAAGAGUACA